UGGCGUUGACGAUGGCGUCUGUAGAUCAAGGCAAUUGCGAGUGACGUCGAUAUGUAAUUGAAACAUACACGCGAUUAUGAUUUUGGUGCCCUUCCUGUGGAUCGCACAGGAUCUACUUCCAAGUUUGCCCAAUUUUUUUAGCAACAAUGUCGCGCGUGAUUUUGUUGCUGUUCUUGGUGUUGUUGGUGAUGAGCCACUUGACGCAGGCGGAAAGAAAUGAUAGCAACUCAGUCGACCACUGCUAUGGGGCUCGGCUUCAGAGUACGUUACUGGAAAAAUUCUAUUUUGGUGGGGUGUUUAUUGUACUCUACGGGCACUUUUUCUGCUUCGCGCUGGUGUUGUGUGUGUUCUGCUUUCGUGUAAUGACUGGGGGCUGGGGAAACGUCCCCCAAGAUGAUGCUGCAGUAUCUAACAUGGAAGACAUGGUUGAGGAUGAUGAUAGCGACUCCUCCUCAUCUUCCAGUUCACCUUCUCCUCCUCCACACGGGGAUAAUAAAGAUUCACGUUUAAUGUCAUGGGUUCAUGACAUGUUCCACAUCAGUGAAAAAGAGAUAAGGAAAAAGUGUGAGGGGGAUGUGAUUAAUUAUUUGGCCUUCCAGCGGCACAUCAUUGGCCUGUUAAUAGUUUUGACUACAUUGUCUAUGGGCAUCCUCUUUCCCCUGAAUUACUCUGGAAAACGAUUUGAACUGGACAGUUAUUUUGGAAAAUCAACUAUUGCAAAUCUGGAUAAUGAAACAAGUUUGUGGGUGCACAACUUGUUUGCCGUCCUCUACCUCUUCCUGACCAUAUACAGCAUGAGAAGGCACACAUACAACAUGCAUGACAGAAAUGCCGACAAAGUGAAUUGUACGUUGUUGGUGAUUGGAAUCCCCACAGAUGCAGACGCAGUGGAGAUAAAGCAUCACUUUGAGGAGGCAUAUGAAUACUGUACAGUGAAGGAUGUGCGCGUCUGUUACGACUUCUCCAAGCUGUUGCUGCUGUUUCAUAAACGGAAGAGGGCAGAGAGCCAAAAAAUCUUUUACCUUGAUCAGCAGGCUCGGGGCACCACCACAAUGAUGAACACAAACCUUUGUCGACAUUUCUGGUGUUUAAAAUGUGACAAGCAGGAAGAGGCAGUCAUGUAUUACACCAGGUUGGAAAAAGUGUUAUCGGAGAUCUUCGAGCAGGAGAAAAGUAAAGUCCAGAAGAAACAUUUAAAAAUGGUCUUUGUCACUUUUCAGAAUGAGGAUGCAGCUGACAGAAUCUUGAGGGACUUCAACAUUUGCAUAUAUCAUGGCUGUCACUGUCGCCGAGAGCCCAGGUGCUCGUCGCGGAGCACCAAGCUCAAGACAGACAAUUGGACAGUCAGCUUUGCCCCCGAUCCACAUAAUGUCCUCUGGGACCAUCUGUCAGUGGGAGGAUUGUCAUGGUGGGUACGCUUUUUUGUCAUCAACACUCUCCUUGUCAUCCUCCUCUUCUUCUUCACCACUCCGACCAUCAUUAUGGCCACUUUGGACGACUUCAAUAUUACCAAAGCAGUGGAGGACCUAAACAAUCCACUUGUCACUCAGUUUUUACCUACUUUCCUCCUGUGGCUCUUCUCCACUUUGCUUCCUACCAUUGUCUAUUACUCGUCUCUCUUCGAAUCCCACUGGACCCGGUCAACAGAAAACGAAGUAACAAUGCAUAAGUGCUACGUUUUCCAGACCUUAAUGUUCCUGGUACUGCCCUCCCUGGGUAUUGGCAAUUUGGAGUAUUUUUUCGAUUGGCUUUUUGGCUCUACGUUCUUGUCCAAUGCGACACAACGAUUUGCGUGCGUGUUCCUUCCUGACACAGGCUCCUUUUUUGUUAAAUGUGUCAUUGCGGCAGCCCUCACUGGUAAUGCCAUGGAACUGCUGAGAAUCCCGGCUCUGGCAGUGUAUGCCGUUCGCAUUUGCAUGGCUUGUUCUGAGGCCAAGAGGAGGAACAUCAGGAUGUUGCCAGCCACUGAAUUUCCAUGUGGAGCAUCUUACGCCUGGAUGAUGUGCAUCUUCACUAUGGUUAUGACCUAUGGCAUCACCUGCCCGGUCAUAGUCCCCUUUGGCCUGGUUUACAUGAUAAUAAAACAACAAGUGGACCGGUACAACAUUUACAACAUGUAUCGCCCAACCAAAUUGGACAAAUGUAUCCACUCUGGAGCUGUCAAUCAAGCAAUGGUUGGACCCGUACUUGGAAUGUUAUGGCAGUUUUUCUUCUUUCUGAAGCGUUCUGGUCCUUUAGCAACUUCAACCCUAUUCACAGGUACCAUGCUGCUCAUCACAUUCACGAUCUUCAUCACACGGGUCUGCUUUGGACAUUUAAAUAAUUUCAGUCCUCACAACUAUCAGGUUAACGCCCACCGUGAACACGUAGGGGAAGAAAACACAGAAGAUCAAGAACAGAACUCAAACCUACAUUCCCUCUUUCAGUUGAAAUAGAUCUCACCGGAGCCACACAGGCUCCAGUUUAAGUGCACAAAUUAAAAUGUAUAUAGUUAUGUUCAUUGUCAAAAAAGUUGUUGCCCCUGAAGAGAUUGGCAUUGAGUAAAAUGGAUUUUGGAAACUAGACCAAAGCUAAUCCAUCCAAUUUCUAUCGCCUACCUCUUCAUUAGGGUUGCUGGUAAACUGGAGCCUACUUUAGCUGACUUGGGGCGAGAGGCAGGGUAAACCCUGGACUGUUCGCCAGCCAAUAAUACAUGCAGCAUAGACGCACUGUAUUUCAGUAAUAUCAAUCGGGAUAAGUAACUACUUUGUCAGCUGCUAUUAACCAAGCUCAGAAUGCUGGCUUUGAGACCCACCAAUACAAUGAACCACAUGAUGUAACAUGUUAAAUAUCUACU